UCCGCGGCGUUCUCGGUCGGCGGCAGCGGCGGAGGCGCGGCGGGGAAGGCGCUCAGGAUGCGGCGCGGGGCGGCCCGGUGCCCCCCUGCCCCGUCACGGCAGCCGCAGCGGCCGCGGGGACCGGGCCAGGGCCGGGGGCGGCGGCCCGAGCCGCGGUAGCGGCGGCGGCGGCGGCGGGAGGGGCGGCCUGAGGCCGGGCAGGCACUCGGGUGCGGGGGCUUCGCGCUCCGCACGGCCUGGCCCGGCUCGGCCCCGGCGCCAUGAGCGGCGGCGGCGGCGGCGGCGGAGGGGGCUCGGCGCCCAGUCGCUUCGCCGACUACUUUGUCAUCUGCGGGCUGGACACCGAGACCGGGCUGGAGCCAGACGAGCUGUCGGCAUUAUGCCAGUACAUACAGGCUUCUAAAGCCAGGGACGGCGCCAGCCCUUUCAUUUCCAGUACAACUGAAGGCGAAAAUUUUGAGCAGACACCAUUAAGACGAACAUUCAAAUCUAAGGUCCUUGCACGAUAUCCUGAGAAUGUAGAAUGGAAUCCCUUUGACCAAGACGCAGUGGGAAUGCUAUGCAUGCCCAAAGGGCUAGCAUUCAAGACCCAGGCUGAUCCCAGAGAGCCACAGUUCCAUGCCUUUAUUAUCACAAGGGAGGAUGGCUCUCGGACAUUUGGGUUUGCCCUCACAUUUUAUGAGGAGGUGACUAGCAAGCAGAUCUGCAGUGCAAUGCAGACGCUCUACCACAUGCAUAAUGCUGAGUAUGAUGUCAUACAUGCUCAUCCUGCUGAUGGCCGAGACCACAGUGACAUGGAGGAUGGUGAAGGCACUCCUGGGACCAAGCUGCAGCGCUUCAACUCCUAUGACAUUAGCCGGGACACGUUGUAUGUCUCUAAGUGCAUCUGCCUCAUCACGCCCAUGUCCUUCAUGAAAGCAUGUCGGAGUGUUCUGGAACAACUUCACCAGGCAGUCACUUCACCUCAGCCCCCUCCACUGCCCCUUGAGAGCUACAUAUAUAACGUACUCUACGAGGUGCCACUCCCACCUCCCGGCCGGUCCUUGAAGUUUUCUGGGGUCUAUGGGCCAAUAAUCUGCCAGAGACCAAGUACCAAUGAGCUUCCCCUAUUCGACUUUCCUGUCAAAGAAGUCUUUGAACUGCUUGGGGUGGAGAAUGUGUUUCAGCUUUUUACUUGUGCUCUUCUGGAGUUUCAGAUUCUGCUCUACUCACAGCAUUACCAGAGACUGAUGACUGUGGCGGAGACAAUUACAGCUCUCAUGUUUCCUUUCCAGUGGCAGCAUGUCUAUGUCCCUAUUCUCCCGGCUUCUCUCCUACAUUUCUUAGAUGCUCCUGUUCCAUACCUGAUGGGCUUGCAUUCCAAUGGCCUGGAUGACCGGUCAAAGCUGGAGCUGCCUCAAGAGGCUAACCUCUGCUUUGUGGAUAUUGACAACCACUUCAUUGAGCUGCCAGAGGACUUGCCUCAGUUUCCCAACAAAUUGGAGUUUGUCCAGGAAGUCUCUGAGAUUCUCAUGGCAUUUGGCAUUCCCCCUGAAGGGAACCUUCAUUGCAGUGAGAGUGCCUCCAAGCUGAAGAGGCUCCGGGCCUCUGAGCUUGUCUCUGACAAGAGGAAUGGGAACAUUGCAGGCUCCCCUUUGCAUUCCUAUGAGCUACUCAAGGAGAAUGAAACUAUCGCCCGGCUGCAAGCCUUGGUCAAGAGGACUGGGGUGAGCCUGGAAAAGUUGGAAGUGCGUGAAGACCCCAGCAGCAAUAAGGAUCUGAAAGUUCAGUGUGAUGAAGAAGAACUCAGGAUUUACCAGUUAAACAUUCAGAUCCGGGAAGUUUUUGCAAAUCGUUUCACUCAGAUGUUUGCAGAUUAUGAGGUGUUUGUCAUUCAGCCCAGCCAGGAUAAGGAGUCCUGGUUUAAUAACAGGGAACAGAUGCAAAACUUUGAUAAAGCAUCUUUUCUAUCAGAUCAGCCUGAGCCCUACUUGCCCUUUCUCUCAAGAUUCCUGGAGACCCAGAUGUUUGCUUCUUUCAUUGACAAUAAAAUUAUGUUUCAUGAUGAUGAUGAUAAAGACCCUGUGCUCCGGGUGUUUGAUUCCCGAGUAGAUAAGAUCAGACUGUUGAAUGUUCGGACGCCUACUCUCCGCACAUCCAUGUACCAGAAGUGUACCACUGUGGAUGAAGCAGAGAAAGCAAUUGAGCUGCGUCUGGCAAAAAUAGACCAUACUGCGGUUCACCCCCAUUUACUUGAUAUGAAGAUUGGACAAGGGAAGUAUGAACCAGGUUUCUUCCCAAAGUUGCAGUCUGAUGUGCUUUCCAUUGGGCCUGCCAGCAACAAAUGGACAAAAAGGAAUGCCCCUGCCCAGUGGAGGCGGAAAGAUCGGCAGAAGCAGCACACAGAACACCUGCGUUUAGACAAUGACCAGAGAGAGGCCCUGUUUGCAGCCAACUCAGGAAUGAUGGCAGUCUUAGAAGAGAGCCUUUCACUGUCCUUUCAGGACUCCUCAUACAUCAUACUCCUGGGGGAGUGUGACAGAACCUCAGGAGAUGAGAGCCCGAGACUUGGGAGAAAUCCUUUUAAAAAGUACAUCCAAGAAGCCAGGAAUAUGGGCAGCACCAUCCGCCAGCCCAAACUGUCCAACCUCUCCCCGUCAGUGAUUGCCCAAACCAACUGGAAGUUUGUAGAGGGCCUACUGAAGGAAUGCCGCAACAAGACCAAGAGAAUGCUGGUGGAGAAGAUGGGCCGAGAGGCUGUGGAGCUAGGCCACGGAGAGGUCAACAUCACAGGGGUGGAAGAGAACACCUUGAUUGCCAGCCUUUGUGACCUCUUGGAAAGGAUCUGGAGCCAUGGACUUCAAGUAAAACAGGGGAAAUCAGCCUUGUGGUCUCACCUGUUACAUUAUCAGGAAAACCGACAGAGAAAGCUCACAUCCGGAAGCCUCAGUACCUCAGGAAUACUUGUUGAUUCAGAACGGAGGAAGUCCGAUGCCAGCUCAGUCAUGUCUCCCUUGAGAAUCUCCCUCAUUCAGGAUAUGAGGCAUAUCCAGAACAUCGGGGAAAUCAAGACUGACGUGGGAAAGGCCAGAGCAUGGGUGCGACUCUCCAUGGAAAAAAAGUUACUUUCCAGACACCUGAAGCAGCUUCUCUCAGACCAUGAGCUCACCAAAAAGCUGUACAAGCGCUAUGCCUUCCUGCGCUGUGAUGACGAGAAGGAGCAGUUCCUCUACCACCUCCUCUCUUUCAAUGCCGUCGAUUACUUUUGCUUCACCAAUGUCUUCACAACUAUCCUGAUCCCCUACCACAUCCUGAUUGUACCGAGCAAGAAGCUGGGGGGCUCCAUGUUCACUGCCAACCCAUGGAUUUGCAUCUCGGGAGAAUUGGGUGAGACACAGAUCCUGCAGAUUCCCAGGAACGUGUUGGAGAUGACCUUCGAGUGCCAGAACCUGGGGAAGCUCACUACUGUGCAGAUAGGCCAUGAUAACUCUGGGCUGUAUGCCAAAUGGCUGGUGGAGUAUGUGAUGGUCAGGAAUGAGAUCACAGGACAUACCUACAAGUUCCCCUGCGGCCGGUGGCUGGGGAAGGGCAUGGACGACGGAAGCCUGGAGCGGGUCCUAGUGGGAGAGCUGCUCACAUCCCAGCCCGAGGUGGACGAGAGGCCGUGUCGGACCCCGCCCCUGCAGCAGUCCCCCAGCGUCAUCCGCAGGCUUGUUACCAUCUCACCUAACAACAAGCCUAAGCUGAACACUGGGCAGAUCCAGGAGUCCAUUGGGGAGGCAGUCAAUGGCAUCGUGAAGCACUUCCAUAAGCCUGAGAAAGAGAGAGGCAGUCUGACGCUGUUGCUUUGUGGAGAGUGUGGCCUUGUCUCGGCUCUGGAACAGGCUUUCCAGCAUGGAUUUAAAUCGCCCCGUCUCUUCAAAAAUGUCUUCAUUUGGGAUUUCCUGGAAAAAGCACAAACCUAUUAUGAGACUUUGGAGCAGAAUGAAGUUGUUCCUGAGGAAAAUUGGCAUACAAGGGCCCGGAAUUUCUGCCGAUUUGUCACUGCAAUCAACAAUACUCCCCGGAACAUUGGCAAGGAUGGCAAGUUCCAGAUGCUGGUGUGCUUGGGAGCCAGGUACUGCAGCCUCAACCCCAGAGUACAUAGCAGCCAGCCUUGGAAGUGGUGCUGGAGUCCUAGUGUGGUGCAGGGGUGGGGAGUAGCUGAUGACCAGGCAUUCUUGGGCAGAGAUCACCUCCUACACCACUGGAUUGCCCUGUUGGCUGACUGCCCCAUCACCGCACACAUGUAUGAGGAUGUGGCGCUGAUCAAAGACCACACACUUGUCAAUUCCUUGAUCCGCGUGCUGCAGACAUUGCAGGAGUUCAAUAUCACGCUAGAGACGUCCCUGGUCAAGGGCAUCGACAUCUGACCUCUCAGCACCAGCUAGCAACAGGACUGAGAAAGACUCACCCUGCAGCUCUGACCCGUCUUCCCCAAGGACUUAAGCGAGUUGUGCAGGAGACGGAGAUGUACACUCACUGUAAAAAGAAAACUAGAGGAUUUUUGGAAUAAAUAAUCUAUUUUAGAGUUUAUUUGCUGAUUUGCUUUUUACACACUUUCAUGUGAAAGAGUGAUAGGGAGAGGGAGACGAGGUUGGUGCUGCUUAUUUUGAAGCUGGUGCCCUCCCUCGCUGUGGCCGCGUGCUGGGAGCCUGCGGCCUCCCUGGACUGAGGUUGGCACCGCGUGCAGGGCAGUUCCGCUUCCUUGCCCUGCUGCGUCAGUGAGGCCAUUCCACAUCGUUUUUAACUAAUGUUUUCUAUAUUAACAUUAUUAUGGAUAUUUGACUUUCCUGGGCCACACACAGGUGUGCUGAGUGGAAGCCCGAAGCUCCAAUCAAAGGGAUUUUUAGUAGUGCCUCUUCAAGCACUGACAAGUCAGUCCACAUCUUUUCUUUUCUUUUUUUGUCAGUAUUAUUUGGGAAGAAGACAUGCUAAGAUGUUUCAUUAUGUAGAAAAAUCACGUUUCCUCUUGGCACGCAGUUGCGCAGAAGAAAGCAAGCAUGUUUUAACAGGUUUUCCUUUCCCCCCCAUAUUAUUUAUUUAACCCUCCAUUGUGUGUUUUAAGUCUUUCUUUUUUUCUUUUUUUAAGGAAAGAAAAAGCUUGUCACAGUCUAACUGGCUAUAUUAUUGUUAAAUUUAUGUUGUUUUGCAACUUAGAAACCAGCUACAGUAUGGCCCACUUAAUAAAACACCUGAAACAAAA